AUGACUCUCCCGGCUCUCCCAAAUUCUUCCAACUUUCUUGGAGUGGCCCUGGUUAUCAACAGAAACCGUGAUGGCCCCAGGUUCGUCUUCCACUACCCUCCUCACAUAGUCCCGGUCGAGGACCGACACACGGAGGGAAGUGAGGAUGGCGUCGACGAGGAUGAUAUCUUGCUGGAACGCGCCGCGAAGCCCAUGGAUGGCUCAUCGCCCUACAAUCUGAAUGUUUCUGAGAUGCUUCCAUGGGACCAAGAUGACCACGUAAUAACCGACAGUGGCACUCAGAUCGUUCCGUGGGAGCAUGUCGCUGGCCUCCCAACAAAGGACUUGGAGAGCAUCCUGACGCCGGCCAGAGCAUAUCACAAGACCUUAUUUCAAAUCUCCUUGGAUCCGUUGUACUUUGUAUCUUAUCCAAUCCACAAGCCUGAGAAUGGCAUAUGGAAGAAGAAGAGCAAGAAGAGAGAAAAUCAACAAAGGCACAAGAACAGUGAUGUCUCGAAGAGGGACGACGAUCAGCUCUCACCACACGAAGACCCCGCGGACGGCGAUACCGGCCCUAGAAAGGGGGAACCGGCCGGUGAGGACAACAUCGAUGUUAGGGACAUGGCUGAAAAGUUCACUGGGGGCGCAGGCAAGCCUCAGGACGAGUCAGAAGACAAGGUCAGCUCCAUGACCAUGUUUAACCUCGUGUUCAUCCUCAAUCCCAGGAAGCACGAGGCAAAGGACUUGAUCGAGACCAUGUACACCAACAUCAUCCGCAAGGUCAACAAGGCCUACAAAUAUGUCCAGCAGCGCAGCGACUUUGUGUGGAAGGAGUCUAAGAAGAUCCUGUCCAUGAAGGACAAGGCGCGCGAGGAGAAGCGUAAGAUGAGCGCGCUGUGGGAAGAGAUCCUGCAUAGCUCAUCCCUGGCCGCUUCAAUGCAAGACUUGUAUGAUGCCAUAUCUCGCAACAAGAUUGCUGCGCUUCAGCUCGACACGGGCGAGGCUACUGUCACCCACUCCGUGCAGAUCCCCGUUCCCUUCCACAUAUCCGAUCUUCCGCCACUCGACCGAGAGGAGGACAGCCGCGGCCUCUGGAUAACAACGGCCAACUCUUUUGUCGGAGACAGUGAUGCUUUCGAGGAGCCACACUAUCUGGACAAGAAUUUCGCCUUGCUUCUAAUGGAUGAUGACAAAAAGAUCAUCGCGGAAUUGUCUGCUGAUCCUGAUGAGACCACUCUGUCUAUGGUCGAGUUCGUCCGGCACUCGAAGCCCACCAUGUCCUUUCAUCAGGUUGCGCAACAGACGAACAACAUCCUCACACUUGGACAGGUGCGCAAAUUUGCACAGCACUUCAUAUUCUGGCGGCGCGCCAUUGCCAUACCUCCUCUGCACGCAAGGGACGUCUACAUCCUCAGCCCUAAUGCCAACAUGAAGGCCUUGCCAAGGGCAAGCGCAUAUUGGGCAAGACAGUUCCCAUUUGCACCGGCCUUGCCCAAUUUCCUCGCCGACUUAUCUGCCGCUCCAAGGCCGUACAAGUGGUUCUGCCCAUCCAAGAGCUUUCGGCCGAGCUAUCUCCAGAUGUUGGCGUGGCUCAUGCGCGGCGGAUGGGUUGCACAGCUUUGUACUUUCGCGUACGUCGUUGUCUGGCCGGAGAUACUGUACGAGGUGGAGUAUACGCUCGAGGCAGAGGAGGUUGCCAAGGCAAAGAGGGCACAGGUUGCUGCCGUGGAUGACCUGGAGCAUGGGUCGCCUGACCAUGCAGCCAGUGCGCUGAGGAACAGAAGAGGUAGCGGUAGGAGCGGCGACAUGGUGGCAGGCAGCAUCGAGGCUCUUGCUUCCUCCACCUCUACCCUCCAACAAAGCGUGGUGGGAACUGGCCUGGAAAGGAGCAUCGGCGAUCUCAGCUCCGUUUCCAUCGCGGACGAGGCUCAGCCGUCACCUCUCCCAUCAUCACCAUCCACAUCUGUAGUCCUCAGAGACGCCUCGGCGCCAGGCUCAGAGGUCCAAUCCCCGACCUCCGCCACAUCUCACGGCCGGCCGCAGUCUCAGCCAACCCUCGCCGAGCAGGUCGCGGAGAAGGCGCGCCUCGAGCGCAUAGCGGACAAGCUCGCCCGGGAGCUCGCCGAGAAGGCAACGGCGCACGCCCGCAAGGCCGUGCCCAAGGCGACGGACCACCCGAGCAUCAACAAGGCACCUCACCUGGCCCAGCUGAGCCCCCACAUCAUCCUGGACGCCAAGAAGGCCACCGGAAAGGAGUCGCUCUACCUGUCUGCGAUCGCGAAGCGGCUGCGGGAGAAGAAGACCGCCGUCCCGCCGCCGUCGUCGACGAGGAAGGACAAGACCAAGGCGCAGCCGGGCCUGGGCGAGAGCAGCAAGAGGGCCGCUGCUGCCGCCGCCGCCGCGGCAGCAGCAGGUGGCAAGGAAGGGAAGGCCGGCGGCGAUGGCAAAGGGGUGGUCGACUGGGACGAGAGGGUCGCGAACACGUGGCCGCUGUUCUGCAAGUACUUCAACGGGCGAUGCGCGCUGGAGCGGAUCGCGCUCCAAGAGGAGAUGAAGAGGAAGGACGUGUGGAACUUGUUGACGGCUAUGAGCGAGUACUUGCAGUGCGUCAGACACUGGUAG